AAUAGAAAAAAUAGCAGUAGCAUAUGUAUAUACAUAAAGAUCUAUAUCUUUAUUUGGUUUAAAGGACCUCUAGGAAGUUCUAAUAAUGGCUCAUCAGCUGGGUGGAACUGAUGAAGUUGAAUCGCUAAGAUAUGAAAUAGCAGAGAUUGGGAGGAGCGUAAGAUCAUCAUUUAGACAUUAUGCUUCAAGUUUCAGAAGCAUUUCUUCAAUUGGGACUGUAAGGGAUGUUGGUGAGUGUGUUGAGGAUCAAGAUGAAAGUAUUGCUUUACAGUGGGCCGCAAUUGAUAGACUACCCACUUUUACGAAGUUAAGAACGUCUCUUUUUUAUGAUGGUGUGGAUGUUAAAGGGAAGAGGGUGAUAGAUGUUACCAAGCUUGGACCUGUUGAACGGCAUAUGUUCAUUGAGAAACUUAUUAACCACAUUGAAAAUGAUAAUCUUCGCUUGUUGCAGAAUAUAAGAGAGAGAAUAGACAAGGUCGGCUUGAAAUUGCCAACGGUGGAGGUGCGAUAUACGAAUCUGUCUGUUGAAGCAGAGUGUCAGGUCGUUCAUGGGAAACCCCUCCCCACCUUAUGGAGUUCUCUCAAAAAUGUAGUUUCUAGUUUGCCCAAGCUAUUUGGUGUAGUUAAGUGUCAAGAAGCUAAAAUAAGCAUAAUUAAAGAUGUCAGUGGCAUUAUCAAGCCGGGAAGGAUGACUUUGUUGCUUGGUCCCCCAGGAUGUGGUAAAACCACCUUUUUAUUGGCACUUUCUGCGAAACUCGAUCAGUCUCUCAAUGUUACAGGAGAAAUAUCUUAUAACGGUUACAAACUAGAGGAUUUUGUUCCUCAGAAAACAUCAGGCUACAUAAGUCAACAUGAUUUGCACAUUCCCGAGAUGACUGUGAGAGAAACGCUUGAUUUUUCAGCUUGUUGUCAGGGUGUUGGAAGUCGAGCAGACAUUAUGUUGGAGGUUUGUCGAAGGGAAAAAGAGGCAGGGAUUGUCCCUGAUCCAGAUCUGGAUACUUACAUGAAGGCGACCUCUGUUGAUGGACUAAAGAAAACUCUUCAGACUGAUUACAUUUUGAAGAUACUUGGACUUGAUUUAUGUGGUGAAACAUUGGUUGGUGAUGCCAUGAGAAGAGGUCUCUCGGGUGGUCAAAAGAAAAGAUUGACUACAGGGGAGAUGAUUGUUGGGCCAACAAAAGCUCUUUUUAUGGAUGAAAUUUCAAAUGGCUUGGACAGUUCCACUACUUUCCAAGUUAUUCAAUAUCUUCAGCAAUUGGUGCAUAUUACGGAUGCCACAGCAUUGGUUUCGCUUCUUCAACCAGCACCAGAGACCUAUGAUCUUUUUGAUGAUGUUAUUUUGAUGGCAGAAGGGAGCAUAAUAUAUCAUGGUCCACGGUUUUACAUUCUUGAAUUCUUUGAAGAUUGUGGAUUUAAGUGUCCAGAAAGAAAAGGGGCCGCUGACUUUCUCCAGGAAGUUAUCUCUAGAAAGGAUCAGGGGCAAUAUUGGCAUGAUACUGAACACCAGUAUAGUUAUGUUUCAGUUGAUCAAUUUUCCAAAAAAUUUAAGGCCUUCAAGAUGGGAAAGAAACUAGACGAGGAGCUCUCAAAACCAUAUGAUAAGUCUCAAUGCCAUAAAGAUGCUCUGUCCUUUAGCAAGUAUUUUCUAUCCAAAUGGGAACUCUUUAAAGCUUGCAUGACGAGGGAAUAUCUUCUCAUGAGGAGGAAUUCGUUUACAUACGUCUUCAAAACAACACAGCUUGUCAUUAUCUCAUCCAUCACAAUGACUGUCUUUCUGAGAACUCGAAUGCAUGUUGAUGAGAUCCAUGCAAAUUACUAUUUGGGUGCUUUGUUCUAUGCACUCAUCAUACUUAUGGUUGAUGGAUUCCCGGAGUUGUCCAUGACUGCUUCAAGACUUGCUGUUUUCUACAAGCAGAGAGAAUUAUGCUUUUACCCAGCUUGGGCUUAUGCAAUUCCAGCUGCUAUUUUAAAGGUUCCUCUAUCGUUCUUGGAAGCUAUUGUAUGGACAGUUCUUACUUACUAUGUUAUUGGGUACAGUCCCGAAUUUGGCAGGUUUGUCAGCCAAUUUGUCAUACUCUUUGCCGUCCAUCUGUCGUCUAUAUCCAUGUUUCGUUUCAUUGCUUCACUGUUUCAGACUGUAGUUGCUUCUACAGUUGUUGGUAUGCUAUCACUACUGUUUAUCCUGUUAUUUGGAGGAUUCGUCAUCCCACAACCUUCUAUGCCAGCUUGGUUGCAGUGGGGAUUCUGGCUAUCCCCGUUGUCGUAUGGGGAAAUAGGCAUAGCUGUAAAUGAAUUUCUUGCUCCACGCUGGCAACAUGUGAGAUUUGAAAUAUUAUAUGGACAUAUGUCGUUAAACACAACCCUAGGGCGACAAACAUUGGAAAGUCGUGGAUUGAACUUCAAUAGUUACUUCUACUGGGUAUCACUUACUGCUUUACUUGGGUUCUCAAUACUUUUCAACAUUGGGUUUACCCUAGCCUUGACAUUUUUAAACCCUCCUGGAAUGUCUCGCGCUAUUAUAUCUCAUAAAAAGCUCUCACAAAUUCGAGAAACAAGAGAGCACAGUCAACAUGUCGAGGAGUCGCCUUCUAGAACCUUAAAAGAUUCUGAUCUAUCGAGGACGGGUGUGAUGGUCUUGCCUUUUGUACCUCUUACUGUAGUAUUUCAAGAUGUACAGUACUUCAUCGAUACCCCUUCGGAAAUGAAAGAACGGGGUUUUAAGGAGAACAAAAUCCAACUUCUUCGGGAUAUUACCGGCGCUUUUAUGCCUGGUAAUCUUACAGCAUUAAUGGGUGUCAGUGGAGCUGGGAAGACGACUCUUAUGGAUGUUCUAUCUGGAAGAAAAACUGGUGGUACAAUCGAAGGGAAUAUAAGCAUUGGGGGAUACCCUAAAUCUCAAAAAACAUAUUCUAGGGUAUCAGGUUAUUGUGAGCAGACAGACAUACAUUCACCACUAAUUACUGUAGAAGAAUCAGUGAUUUAUUCAGCUUGGCUGCGGCUUUCAUGUGACAUUGAUUCAAAUACUAGAGAUGCAUUUGUGAAAGAAGUUCUUAAAACCAUCGAGCUUGAUGGGAUUAAAGAUGCUUUAGUAGGUAUUCCUGGUGUUAGUGGCUUAUCAACUGAGCAACGCAAGCGGCUUACAAUAGCUGUGGAGCUUGUUGCAAACCCUUCUAUCAUCUUCAUGGAUGAGCCAACGUCUGGUUUAGAUGCAAGGGCUGCUUCCAUUGUCAUGCGGGCAGUGAGGAAUGUUGUGAAUACUGGAAGAACAAUUGUUUGCACCAUCCACCAACCAAGUAUUAAUAUAUUUGAGGCGUUUGAUGAGUUGGUUCUAAUGAAAAGUGGAGGACGUAUAAUCUACUCUGGAUUGUUGGGUCAGCGCUCAAGUAAAGUUAUUGAAUAUUUUGAGGGUAUAUCUGGGGUGCCGAGGAUUAAAAAUAAUUAUAAUCCAGCAACAUGGAUGUUGGAAGUCACUUCUACAUCAGCAGAGAUCGAACUUGGUGUAGACUUUGCGAAUCUUUACUCAGAGUCUAUUUUGUACAAGGAAAAAGUGGAGAUGGUUAAGCGAUUCUGUAGAGCUCCACCUGGGUCAAAGGACCUGUGUUUUGCUACGAGGUAUCCACAGAAUGGUUGGGGGCAGUUGAAAGCUUGCCUGUGGAAACAAAAUUUGUCGUAUUGGAGAAGUCCUGCUUAUAACUUGAUGAGGAUCAUAUACCUGAUCUUGUCGUCUUUGUUAUUGGGACUAGUCUUUUGGCAGCAAGGGAAGAAAAUACAUAGUCAGCAGAGCUUGUUCAAUGUAUUCGGUUCAAUGUACUCCGCUGUUAUCUUCUUGGGAAUAAACAACUGUGUAACAGUUUUGCCAUUUGUUUCAACUGAACGCUCUGUACUUAACCGGGAAAGAUUCGCAGGAAUGUACUCUUCAUGGGCGUAUGCAUUUGCUCAGGUGGCAGUUGAAAUUCCUUACUUGUUUACACAAUCGCUUUUGUAUGUUAUAAUCACUUAUCCGAUGAUCGGUUUCAUGUGGGAACCAUAUAAGGUGUUUUGGAACUUUUACGCAAUGUUUUGUACGUUGCUUUACUUCAACUAUCUUGGAAUGCUGGUUGUGUCGAUUACACCAAAUGUUCAGGUUGCUGCCAUAUUAUCAGCUUCAUUCUUUACAAUGCUGAAUCUUUUUUCUGGGUUCCCGAUUCCUAAACCGCGAAUUCCAGGAUGGUGGAUAUGGUUGUAUUAUGUCUGCCCUUCAUCGUGGACGUUGAACGGUUUACUAACUUCACAGUAUGGAGAUAUGGAGAAGGAGAUUUUGGUUUUUGGUGAAACAAAGACGGUCUCUCAUUUCUUAAGAGAUUAUUUUGGAUUUCACCAUAAUCGUCUUCCCCUUGUUGCUGUUCUUCUUCUUGCUUAUCCAGUUCUCUCAGCAUCUCUUUUUGCUUACUGCAUACAAAAAAUGAACUUCCAGAGGAGGUGAUUUGAUACCCCUUGGAAAAGAUAUAUUUAUGUAUAUAUACAUAUGUUUUUUGUAAUUCACGUAACAUUAACUGAUCACAAGGACGACCAGGUAAGCUUAUCGAACAUCAGUAAUUGUGUUUGUAAUAUAUUUGGGCGGGAGACAUGAACUUGUCAUGUAUUUAUUAUUUCACCAUUCUCAAUAUUAAAUGUGACAAAAAUUUGUUCUAA